GCUAUCGUUUUCCAACACAGUUGCCGCAGUAGAAUUAAUUUUUUCUGCAAGAUGAUGGACCUGCAGUCCAACGACGACAUCGAUUUAGAGGAUGGAGAGUUGUCAGCUAGCGGCGACGAUGAAAUCUAUACGCCGCUGCAGCGACCGGCACCGGCGCCCACAAACGCACCUGCUGCUGCUGCUGUUGCAAUGGGCGCCGCGGAGAGCGUUGCAAGUCCGCUUGCCACAUGCCAUCAGAUACAAAGUGCCCUCGACGAUGAGUCGCAGUCGAACAGCGAAUCCUCAUCGGGCGAAUCCUCUGAGGAGGGCUGCAUCAAGAAGCUGCGCACCGACUCUCUUUCGUCGGGCAAAAAGCGUAAAAAGUGCAUCAGACGCACGGUCAUGGUACGUGUGCCGCCGCCGCCAGAGACCACGGACGCUGAGCCAAAUCGGGCGCGUUUCAAGAAAUACAACAUCUGGACGGCCGCCCUGCAGGAGGAGGCGCUCAGCGAGAAUAUGCGCGGCUGCGAUGUCACGCGCAACAGCAGCGAUCGCAACGUUGAGAACUAUGAUUUCUCGCUGAGAUACCGGCUCAAUGGGGAGAACAACCUGAAGCGUCGUCUGUCCAAUUCCUCGGAUGAGGGCAGCUCACAUCCAGCCCAUAAGAGGGGACGUCAGUCCGCACGGCCGGACAUGGAGGGUCAGCGCGAGCGGCAUCAUGUAAAAAACCGUCUGGGCCAGCGCUCACGCUCGCGACGUGGUCAUUCGUCCACGAGCGGCUCGUCGGACAACUCGAGCGAGCCGCGUCAUAUACUCGAUCUGAACGAUACGUCCGGGCGCGAUCCGAGCGAUGUGGCCAGAGAAAUGGCCAACAAGCUUUACGAGGAGAAGGACGAACUCUUAGUGCGCGUUAUCCAGGUGCUUGGCAUAGAUGUGCCGCUCGAGCUCUACAAAGAAACCCAGCGCAUCGAAGCCGACGGCGGCAUGAUGAUCAACAAUGGCAGACGUCGACGUACUCCGGGUGGCGUAUUUCUGUUUCUGCUCAAGCAUCAUGAUAAAAUAACGCCAGCGCAGCAAAAGUCAAUUUUUAGCGAGGAUCGCCAAAAUGCGAAUAAAUCUCGCAAGCAGAUCGAGACGUUGAUACGCGAUCGCAAGGUCGAGGAGUUGAAGAAACGUUUGAGCGAAAAGAGCACCGAAUUGCCUUCAUUAAAUACGCGCAAGGAACUCUAUAUGCAAGGCGCUGAGUCAAUUGCACAGACUCUGCCUGGCAAUUUAUCCAAUCCGCCACCUUCGCCUGUUGGCCAGGAACAGAGCAGUCCAGAAUAUAAGACACACGAGAUAAAUAUUAAUGUCGUGGACAAUGCCGAUCUGCCCUCGACUUCGAAAGCUGCCUCGGCAGCAGGCCUUAAGGAGUUGAUCAGCUAUGACGAUGAUAUUCUGGAUGUUAGUUGUGGCAAAAUGGAUCUAUUUUAAA